AUGGUUAAAGAUCAUUCUUCUUAUUAUACAAAUACAAAUAUAAAUACGGACCAUACUGACGAGCAACAACUACCGAAGCCAGAGAAAUUUAUCGAGCCCGUUUUUGGUACUGGUGGUAGGGAGAUCGACGGCAACUGCCCCAAGUGUCAAAAGAUAGUGAAGUACCAUGUCACCCACAAUAGACAUUUUUUGUUUCCAUCUACCAGAUUUAUCGCUUUGCAUGAUUCAGCCGUUAAUGCUGGAAAAAAAUGUAAAUUCCAAUGGCUUCAAUUACUCGAAGCCCAAAACGAAGCCCUCGAGCAAUGGAACGCCUUAUCACCAUCGGAAAAAGAACUUCAAAAAGAGUACAAUCAUUCCCGGUAUACCCAAUUUAUCAAUAAAACACCACAAAACUAUAGUUCCAGACUAUACUCCAUAACACCGGCCACAUCCGCCAAGAAAAAAGAUACUGAUUUUACUACUGCUGCUACUACUGGUAACAACGAGGACUUCGAUCUUGAACACUCUCUAAUUCUUUAA